GGAAAGUGAGUUCGUUCAGGUGAGAAUAGGUUUACCACGAGUGAAACUGAAAUUAAGUAAACUCGACCGUCUGAAUGCAAUUGAGGGCAUUUUUCACUGAAUUGGUGGAGACGUAUAAAAAACCCUCGUCCUUUGACUAAUCUGCAUCAGUUUGCAACUGACAAUCAACAGUACAGCUUGUUAAUUCGCACAGUUGCGUUCACGAAAAGCACAAUCGAAAUGAAAACUGUUAUAUUAUGCAUCUGUGCCAUCUUGCUUGCUGGAGUGUUUGCCGAUCCAGAGGCAGCUGCUGAGCCCCAGCAAUAUCCCAAACCAGCCUAUCCAGCAGCUUAUGGCCAGAAGUACAACAAUUACUGCAACCCGCGAAAGGCACCAACCUGCGCCAAAACCGGCACUGAAACUUUUUGUCUGAAAGACACCGAAUAUCCGGAGAAAGAGGUCAAGUACGCCAUCGAAUACGACCCGUUGGUGCUGAAGAAAUACGCAGAUGUUGCCGAUCAGUCGGCCGAUAAUUUGGUCGAUGGACUGACCUCUUUGGCUGAGGCGCACUUCGACUACUCCAACUACAAAGGGAAAUUCUUCGAGAAGGGCCACUGGUCUGGUGACGAGGGAUACAUCUGCCCUAGCGACGUCGUUUAUGCUCGCCCACUCCGAGCAGUGAAUGUCGAUGGAGAAUGGCGGGUCAUCGUCCAAGAAAACGCCUGGCCCGGAUACACCCAGACUCAACGCGUCGAAACUUGUUUGUUCCCCGGUGCAUCUUGUCGCACCUUGGCCCCUUGUUUCGGCAGCAAAUGUCUGCAAAAAUUUGUUUACCAGCGGAUGCUUUCCUUCGAUCCCUGCGAUCCCCAGAAGGGAAUCUUCAUCGACAUCUACAAGUUGCCAUCAGCCUGCUCUUGCCACAUUCCCGUUUCAGACUCAAUGUGAGUGACUAUGUGGAAACGCUGCAGCUCCUCCUAAAAGACGCAUGUCACACAUCAACAACCAGCAACAAGAGAACGGUCUAACUAAAGGCUACAAAUUUCCUCGAAAUCGAUAUUGUGCAGCAAAUGUAUGCUACAAAUCCUGAAUAUUUCCGGGCUGAUGGGUUGAGCUUUUCGAAGACAAGUCUUUUAUUAUUUAGUUGCUUUCAACAAUGGAGCGAAUAAGGAGUCAACACGAUAAUAUUCGUAAGAGAUUUUAAAAAAUGUUUAUUGAUAGCAUCCAGGAUGUAUUAUUGAUUAAGUAAGGUUAUUCAUAUUAAAAGUCAUAGUCAUUCUCA